AUGGAUUGGGGCACCGAACUGUGGGAUCAGUUUGAGGUGAUAGAGCGGCACACGCAGUGGGGGCUGGACCUGUUGGACAGAUACGUGAAGUUCGUGAAAGAGCGGACGGAGGUGGAGCAGGCUUACGCGAAGCAGCUGCGGAACCUGGUGAAAAAAUAUCUCCCCAAGAGGCCUGCGAAAGAUGACCCUGAAUCCAAGUUCAGCCAGCAGCAGUCCUUCGUGCAGAUUCUCCAGGAAGUAAAUGACUUUGCGGGCCAGCGGGAGCUCGUGGCUGAGAACCUCAGCGUCCACGUGUGUCUCGAGUUGGCCAAAUACUCGCAGGAGAUGAAGCAGGAGAGGAAGAUGCACUUCCAAGAAGGACGUCGGGCCCAGCAGCAGCUGGAAAGUGGCUUCAAACAGCUGGAGAAUAGCAAGCGUAAAUUUGAGCGGGACUGCCGGGAGGCUGAGAAGGCAGCCCAGACCGCAGAGCGGCUAGACCAGGAUAUCAAUGCCACCAAGGCGGAUGUGGAGAAGGCCAAGCAGCAAGCCCAUCUCCGGAGUCACAUGGCAGAAGAAAGCAAAAAUGAGUACGCAGCCCAACUACAGCGUUUCAACCGAGAGCAGGCCCACUUCUAUUUUUCCCAGAUGCCUCAGAUAUUUGAUAAGCUACAGGACAUGGAUGAGCGCCGGGCCACCCACUUGGGGGCGGGGUACGGGCUGCUGUCGGAGGCUGAGCUGCAGGUGCUUCCGAUCAUCACCAAGUGUCUGGAGGGCAUGAAGGUGGCUGCGGCUGCCGUGGACAGCAAGAACGACGCCCAGGUCCUAAUUGAGCUGAACAAGUCUGGCUUUGCCCGCCCGGGCGACGUGGAAUUCGAAGACUUCAGCCAGCCCAUGAACAGAGCGCACUCGGACAGCAGCCUGGGCACCCCCUCCGAGGGCCGGCCUGAGCUGCGAGGCCCGGGCCGCAGCCGCGCCAAACGCUGGCCCUUUGGCAGGAAGAACAAGACAGUGGCGACUGAGGAUUUUAGCCACUUGCCCCCAGAGCAGCAGAGAAAGCGGCUUCAGCAGCAGCUGGAGGAGCGUAAUCGUGAGCUACAGAAAGAGAUUGACCAGAGGGAAGCCCUGAAGAAAAUGAAGGAUGUGUAUGAGAAGACACCCCAGAUGGGGGACCCCAUUAGCCUGGAGCCCCAGAUUGCAGAAACCCUGAACAACAUUGAGCGGCUGAAAUUGGAAGUGCAGAAGUAUGAGGCUUGGCUGGCGGAAGCUGAGAGCCGGGUCCUGAGCAACCGGGGAGACAGCCUGAGCCGGCAUACCCGGCCUCCGGACCCCCCCGCCAGUGCCCCACCCGACAGCAGCAGCAGCAGUAACAGUGGGUCACAGGAGAACAGGGAGAGCUGUGAGGAGCCCCCUUUGGAGGAAGGCCAGGACACCCCCAUCUACACAGAGUUCGACGAGGAUUUCGAGGAGUCUGCAUCCCCUAUAGGUCACUGUGUGGCCAUCUACCACUUUGAAGGGUCCAGCGAGGGCACCAUAUCCAUGGCUGAGGGUGAAGACCUGAGUCUCAUGGAAGAGGACAAAGGCGAUGGCUGGACUCGGGUCAGGCGGAAACAGGGGGGGGAAGGCUACGUGCCCACCUCCUACCUCCGGGUCACGCUCAACUGA